CUCUCUCUCUCUCUCUCUCUCUGUGUAUGUUGCAAUUUCUGCAUGUAUCUCACAAUUUCAUGGUUUUCUCUUGUUAAAUUCUUGACACUUUGAUUAUGAUGAUUUAGGAUUUGAAGUUUAUGUGUUCAAUUACUGUAUUCUUCAUUUUAGGGUUUUACUCAUGGUUUUUUGGGUUAAUUGUUUUGUUUGGUUUUUGAUUUCAAUGGUAUUGAGGAGUGAUAUAUUUUGAAAUAUGAAUAAAUUUUUGUUUGAUUAUGAAUACUUUUUUUAGUUGGGGUUUUGAGUUCGGUUGUAUUGUGUUCAAUUUGGUUUCAAUUGUUGUUUUAUUUUUAAGCUAUAAUAACAACAACAUUAAUUUGAUUAAAAGAAUUUCGAGAAUUUAGGGAUUCGUGUUCAGUAUUGCUGCUCUUCCACCUCACUCACUCUCGCCACACUCAUUUCAAUCUUCAGCUUCGAAAUGGUUGUUUAGUUCUUGAAUAGAUUGUUGAUUGUUCUAAAAAAGAUUGAAAUUUGAAUUGGUUUAAGAAGAAAAAUGCGGAAUAAAGAACCAGCUUUGGAUGAUGGGGAAGUUGAGUAUGAGGCUGGUCCAGAAUCUUGUUGGGGCAAUUUUGAGGAUGAUGAUGUAAUGCAGCAGCAAUUUUCUAUUCAGGAUGAUGAAGCCAAGAAAUUUCCAUUUGUUGGUGACAAGGAACCGCUAUCUAGCUUGGCUGCUGAAUAUCAAUCAGGCAGUCCUAUCUUAUUGGAGAAAAUCAAGGUGCUUGAUCAGCAAUAUGCUGCCAUUCGGCGUACUCGGGGAGAUGAAAACUGCUUCUUUCGAGGCUUUUUGUUUUCAUAUCUUGAGCAUGUUUCGGUUUCUUGUUGUUCUUUGUGCACGUUAUAGUGAUGAGGGAUUUUUCAACAUUAGAUGCAAAGAAUGCAGGGAUGCGUCUUUAUGGUGGUUCACAAUAUCAUUCGGGCAUGGCUGAAUUUCGUUUUGUAUUUGGAGGAAUCAAGUGCCCUCCAAUAUCUCGGGAAGAAAUUGUAAAUGCUUGCGGAGUUGAAGACAUUCAUGAUGGGACAAACUACUCUAGGACUGCUUGUGUAAUUGCUGUUCCAAAGGCUCAUGACACAUUUGAACCCUUUCUUCAUCAGUUGGGGUCUAGAUUGUUGCAUAUACUUAAGAGAUUGCUCCCAAUUUCUUUUUAUCUUCUUCAGGCCAGAAGACUGAAAGAUGUCAUAUCACAAAUAGAUACCAAACUUGAGGAAAUAAAGGUAUCUGCACAGUCAGACCUGCGGCACCCGGUUUCCCUUGUUGUCCAUCAAAUGCACCAGGCUUUGGAAGCUGCCUUGAUACAUUACGAUGUUGACGAUAAGAAUUUGGAAGCUGCCUUGGUACAUUACGAUGCUGACGAUAAGAGAAGAAAUGCUAAAGGGCCAAAGCCAAAUGGUUAUGUUUAGGAAUUAGGAGAAUGGUUUUAGAACACAAUUUCUAAGAGUAUUGACUUUUUUUUUGUAAGCAAAGAGAGCAUUGACUAUAGUUCUCGUUGUUCUUAUGUUCCAAAAGGCUAUUGAGUCUUUGAGGUUGAUGCUUAUGUAUCUUGUAGUAGUUAUGCUAGUGUUUAUUGGACAAACCAGUAGUG